AUGUUGCCUAUCUUCUUGAACAUAUUGCCCUUACUGAGCCUGUUCGGCUUUGUGCUCGCCACGCCUAGUCGCACUCAUGUAGUUAUUGGGUACCGAAAUGUUGUGGAUUAUAAAGCACAUGCCUAUAAUGAGGCUGGGACAUUGGUCUGGUUCCCGGCAAGCUCUUUUCAGCUAGGCGACGUGGUAUACCUUUCGACUGGCCCACGCGACUGGCCUUAUUAUCCAUGGUUCUGUAUUAUUGAGGCCCGUAUUGAUAAAUGGGCCAAAGUACCAAAGAUAUGGAUUCCCAAAUACGAUGACUGUGGCAAUUUUCUCUGGGACGAUGAAGAGGCCAUUGAAAAUUAUAUCACAGAUCUAGGAUAUGAUCCAGAAAAAACAGUCCGAAUUGCUGAGAUUCAUAAACUCGAAGACUUUAUUCAAACCGCUCUCCCGGAGGGGUUGCUGAACUCCGAGGGUGGUGGCUUGGAUCUAAGAGCUCAGUGUUUUGAUGGCUGGAAGAAGCUUCCGGCAAAAGAUGUUGUUCCGUGGUAUGACUGGGAUAUCGUUAAUCACCCAGACGACUAUUCGUCGUCUUCAGAGGGUGAAAACGAAUAG